AGAAUGCAGGUAAAUGACAUACAGCAAAAACAAAGAGCACUUGCAGUAUACGAAGAGAUGGGACCAAGAAGUUGAUACUUUGAGAAUAAAGUACAGCAAAAACACCAGUUUUAAAACAACGGAUGGAAACAAAACAGCCUCUGACAAAAGAAGAUGACCAUGUUUGAGAAAUAGCUGCAUCAUUCUUCACACACAGAGAAGAUGACAUUAUGUCUAACGCAACAAAUCCAUGUGUAUCAGGCACUCUUUGUGAGGUGCUUUUUUAUAAAGCUGAACUGAUUGUCAUUCCAGUGCUGUUUCUCCUGGCUUUUCUGGUCACGCUGAUCAUUUUGUUUGUGCUCAAAUGCUUUCAUAAGCCAUCACAUCUUUAUGGACACCACAGAAAUGACAAAGAUGACACACAACACCAUCAUAACACACACAGACACCAUAACAGCAACAGACGGCACCUGCAAGGCAUUGACGCCCCAGCAGAGCUGAACCCAUUGGAACAUGAGGUUAUUCCCAUGACAGUCCAACCUCACCAUGACAUGCAGAAUUCAAGCCCUGCAGUACCUCAGCAAACCACCGGGAGGCAUCCGGACCUCUUUCAGCUGGUCUCUCCACUUCCUCUCACCUUCUCAGUAAAACAAGACACUACCUUCACAUUGCACAGAGCUGUCAUGGACAGACAGCCAGUCAUUUUACGAGUGCUUAAAGAAUCAGCCAAUGCCAGAGAGCACCAGUACUUUCUGGGGUUUGCCCACUUCCUUUCAGAGUUGGGACCACAUCCAUUGAUACCCAAACUGCUGGGGGUAGUGUCUGUGCAGACACCGCUGAUGAUUGCAGUAGAGGAGCUGGAACACAGAGACCUGCUGAGCUUCCUGUGGAGGUGCAGACAGGACCACACAGGUCAGGAGGCACCGUGUGACAUGACUGAAAGACGAAUCUUUACCAUGGUUGCUCAGAUUGCAUCUGCUCUGGAGUAUCUGCAUAGUAAGAACUACAUCCAUGGUAAUGUCAAGGCUCGAAGCGUCUUGGUUGGUCGGGACCUGUCGGUCAAGCUGUGGGGUUUGGGUCCGGCAUAUCGCAGAAAAACGAGUACAGGCUCUAUAGAUGUAGAAGAUAUGGGAAUGAGAAAAUGGCAAGCUCCAGAAGCAUUAGCACGGCAACCUCUCCAGCAAAGCAGCGACAUAUGGUCCUUUGGCAUUUUGCUGUAUGAGAUGGUGACAUUAGGAGAGCCGCCCUUUCCCAACAUCAUGACCAGCGAACUAAUGCAGCAUUUACAGAGAGUGAACACACUAAAGAAACCACCCAACUGCUCGAAUACUCUAUAUUCUAUUAUCAAAUCCUGCUGUCAGUGGAAACCAAAGGAUCGAGUCUCAUUGGCUGAGCUGAUCAGAAAGCUCCAAUCAGGAGAGAGAAGCGCCGAUGAUCAGGCAGUGCUGCGAGUGUCUGAGCCGCUGGACAUGGAGAAAUACAUGAGGGAAGCAGGCUAUGGAGAAUCAUUGAAUUAGGCUAUGCGGUGCUCUAAUGCUCCCUUUAUAGGUCAAUCAAUGCAUAAAUGAACAGUUAAGGUUUGAAAGUAGCACUUUCAAAGGAUUACAGAAGCACCUGCUGUUACAGACAGUGACAUCGCUCUAUCAAAUUUAAAGGAGAACAUUAUCUCAUCAAGCAAGCAUGUGCUAUUAUUCAGGAAUUUAGAUUAAGGAUAAAGUCUAAAUGCUUAAUUGUAACACAAAUGAGAACGAGGGGUGUUACGUAAAAUAUGCUUGUGUCAUAUAGGCCUACAUAUAUGCAUAAAUAUGCAGGUAAUAGAAAAAAGCUACAAUGUAAACAUGUAGAAAACAGAAACAAACUGUGUCUAGUAAUAGUAAUUUAAUUGAUCAUUAUAUUUAUUUAGGUUGGACUAUACUGUUACCCAUUAUGUUCACUGCUAUGGCUGAUUCAAAUGGUAUAAAUUAAAAUUAUAUUAUUGGCGUGUUUAUUGGUAAUUGGAAGUCUAUUGCAUUAUAAUGAAGUAUAUUUAAAAUACACUAUUUAUUAAUGUAAAUUUACAUUUUUGUCAGUUUAGUCAUCGUUAGUGCAGUUGUAAAUAAUAAUGGUCACCUGACUUAUUCGAAAUUAGGCUUACUUUUAAAUAUUUGGUUUUCCACUUACAUCUUCAAGCCUGCGGUGUUGGUCCG